AUGACUUCCAAUACUCCGGAAGAGGACCCUACAGAAUACACCUCCCUUCUCCCCAAGCCGACGGAUCACCGCGCCUAUGAUGACUCGGAUGAGUAUGAUACUUCCCAACGACAAUGGCUCGCAGAGUUCUGGAUCCUUUUGAAAGGCUCUGUCCCCGUCAUUCUGGCGUACACCCUCCAAAAUAGCCUUCAAACUGUCUCGGUCCUCAUUGUCGGGCGUUCCUCUCCGGAAAAUCUGGCUACCACGGCCUUUUCCCUGAUGUUUGCCAUGAUAACCGCAUGGAUGAUUGCCCUGGGUGGAACGACGGCGCUAGACACGCUGGCCUCCUCGACCUUCACGGGGAGCUCCAAUAAACAUGACCUUGGGAUUCUUUUACAGCGAGGAUUCUUCGUGCUGAGUUUGUUCUAUAUCCCCGUUGCCAUUCUCUGGGCAUGUUCGGAACCGGUUUUCCUUCUCCUCGGCCAAGAUCCCCAGCUAUCCCGGGAUAGCGCUCGGUUCUUGACCUGCCUGAUCCCCGGGGGACUGGGAUACAUCUACUUCGAAGUGAUGAAGAAGUACCUGCAAGCCCAAGGAAUCAUGCGCCCCGGCACAUAUGUCCUCCUCAUCACAUCCCCAUUCAAUGCCCUGUUGAACUAUCUCUUCUGUUACACUUUCAACAUGGGUCUCCUCGGAGCGCCAUUCGCCACCGGCAUCUCAUAUUGGCUUUCUUUUGGACUGUUGGUUCUGUACGCGCGAUUCGUUGCGGGGUCCGAAUGCUGGGGCGGGUGGUCGCGCGAGGCCUUUCAGAACCUUGGAACGUUUGCGCGCCUGGCCAUCCUGGGAGUGAUCCAUGUUGGGACGGAAUGGUGGGCGUUCGAGAUAGUGGCGCUGGCGGCCGGACGACUGGGCACCAUCCCACUCGCCGCGCAGAGCGUUAUCAUGACCGCCGAUCAAGUCCUCAAUACGAUCCCAUUCGGGGUAGGCGUGGCCACGUCGGCGCGCGUGGGUAACCUGCUAGGGGCGCGGAACGCAUCCGGGGCUGCGAGGGCCGCCAAUGCGGCGGCCUGGCUGAGCAUGGUGCUGGGAGGCGUGGUGCUGGCGGCGCUGAUGGGGACGCGGCACGAGUUUGCGAAGAUUUUCAACUCGGACGAGCGAGUCGUCCGGCUGACGGCCGAGGUGCUCCCCUACGUGGCCCUGUUCCAGAUCGCGGACGGCCUGAAUGGCAGUUGCGGGGGUAGUCUGCGUGGCAUGGGCCGACAGCACGUCGGUGCCAUGGUCAACCUAGUGAGCUACUACUGCGGUGCGCUCCCUCUCGGCAUCUGGUUGGCGUUUCACGGCUGGGGACUCAAGGGUCUCUGGGUGGGACAGUGUAUCGCAUUGUAUCUGGUGGGGGCGUUGGAGUGGGCGAUUGUGGCUCUGAGCCAUUGGGAUGGCGAAGUCGAAAAGGCUUUUCUUCGAAUGGACAUUCACGAGAGGAUGGAAGUUGGUGGGAUUGCUGAAGGAGAGGAAUGA